AUGAGUUCAUCUUCAGAGAUAAAUCAUGGGGGAGAAAUUCGUGGAUUCCCAGUGAAGUGUGAGUGUGGUUUACGCGUAAAGCCUUACCUAUCGAAGACACAAGAGAAUCCAGGAAGACCUUUCUACCGUUGCAUAACCAAAAAAGAUGGACAUUUAUUCAAGUGGGUUGAGGAUGCUGUGUGUGAAGAGGUUGAAGAUGCUAUUCCAAAAAUCGAAAUCAUUGGCAGGAAGCUUACUAAUACCAUAACUGAGGUAGAUGAGUUAAAGACUUUGAUUAAAGAUUUGAAAGAAGGUGUAGCAAGGAGCGAGAUGGAAAUAAAGAAGUGGAAAGCGUUGAUGAUGUUGUGCUUUGUGUGUGUUUGCUUUGUGGUCAUUUGCAUUGCUUUCUUAAUGUUUGGUAAAGCUAUGAAAAGCAAGUCUGCAUUUACUUCUAUGUAGCUUUGAUGUUUCUUCUAUGUAUGUCAUGUAUGUCGACAUUGUUGUUGUCUUUGAGUUUGCAUUUGACAUUGUUGUUGUGUUUCAGUGCACUAGGUAUGGUAAUGAGACAUUCAUGUUUGUUU